UAGCAUUAUUAGCAUAGCUAGUGAAUAGACAAGGGCGCUACCAUCUCUCUCGCUCUUACACACACACACUCGCACUUGCUAUUUCGAUUCGAUUCGAUUCCCCUCUCUCUCUCCGAUCGAAAGAAAUUACUGUCCUAACGAUGUUCGCUGCUGAGCUUUAUCUCGAAGAUCAUCUUCACUUUCCACCAUCGUCUCUGAGAGAUGUCAACUACAGUUGUGGGUCCUGCGGGUAUGAAUUAAACCUGAAUUCCUGUAAUCGUGACACCUCAUUCAUUGGAUCUAAAUAUGGGAAAUCUUUGAAGAAGGGGAUCAUUUCGUUCUUUUCCAUUGAUGAGAGCAGAUUUACACAGAUUUCUGAACUUCAGUGCAUGCCUUACUUCAUCUCCAAGCGCUCGUGGGGUGUGUUUCGACGAAGAACCAAGCUGCUUUGUCGCAAGUGUGGGAACUACAUUGGUAUUGCAUACAAAGAGAAUGAUACUUCCUACCCUUACAGAUUGGAUAAAUCAGCCACAUGGGAUGGGAUCUCCGACCGUAGAAUUUAUGAUAUCAAAAUACAUUCCUUACAGCCCUUAUCCUUGGAGGAAUCUGUUAACCCCAUUUAAUCCUCAUGGGCCAGUUACAUUCACCUUCUAUGUACAAGAAUGAAAUAUAAUUAGCAUGCCAAAGCUUGUGGGUUGUUCAUCAUUCUCGAGUUGUAAGCUUUCGGUUGGAAUUCAGUUUAUGGUUUUCUGUGUAUUUUUUGAGUAUUUGAUCAAUAAAGAACAGUUUGAUGAUCCA